AUGAUCCGGUACUUCGCGACAGCAGCAUUCAUUUAUUAUACCAUUUGGAUUUUGGUAAUGCCAUUUGUGGACUCGUCCAAUCCGACGCAAUUGUUGUUUCUCGACCGUGAAUGGGCCAUCCGGAUACCGGUGAUUCUCAUUUUGUUUGUUAUCUGCGUUGUUGGAACUUUUAUUUCGCUGGUUAUGAUCAAGUCGAGCAGACUAGAGAAGAAGCCCAAUGGCAAUGACAAGUAA